UCGGCUGCAGCAUAGAACAGUUAGUUAUUCAUUGAAUACCCAGAGAUACCCCCCAAAGAUACCCAUAUACCCCCCGUUCGCAUUAUUCAACAUGGCAAAGAAGACCGCGCCCGCAGGAGCCCAGAACGCCAAGCAGAAUGCUUUGGCUCUUAAGCGCUACCUCCCGCGCAAGCUUAGGGAAGCUGCCGAGGACGAGGCCGCAGUGGAGAAGGGAGUUGGACACGACCUGAUCAUCUACAGCUUCGAUCGCCCUACCGGCCAGUACGGAUACACACCCUUUUCGAUUCAAUUGCGUCUUCGCCUUCGCCAUGCCGGAAUUCAGCACGUAGACCGCGCUGCCAACAUCUUCCAGGCACCCAAGUAUCGGGUGCCCUACGUCAAGCUUGCCGACUCGGACGAGCUUGUCGGCGAGUCGCAGUUCAUCAUCAAGCGUCUCGUGCAGACCGGCAAGCUCCAGGACCUCAACAAAGAGCUCUCCCCCUCCGACCAGGCCAAGGAUGCUUGCAUCCGGGCCAUGCUGGAGGACCGCGCCUACUUCCUCAUUUUGUACGAGAGAUGGCGCGGCCAGUAUGAGAUGAUGUGGCACGAUGGUCCCUUCUCCCACUUCGUUUGGGGCGCCAAGCAGAUCUCUACCCAGGCGGCUCGCGGCUACGUUAACUCGCAGCUGUGGUUCCAGGGCGUCGGCCGCUACUCCGAUGAGGAGGUCAAGGCCUUCGCCACCGACGUUGUCAUGUCCCUGAACGGCUUCUGCGAGACCUCACUGUCGAAGCUGAGUCUCGAUUCGCGGGAGUCCCGGGAGCCGUUCUGGAUUCUGGGCGGCCAGCGCCCAUCCGAGGCUGACUUUAUCGUCUACGGCAACCUCGCUACCGUUCUCGGCACCACUGUCAACCCUGUCCACGCCGCUCUCAUCCGUGAGAAGCCCGCCCUGGUCGAGUACAUGGGCCGCAUCCACGAGCGUUUCUUCUCCGAGUACAAGUCCCCUGUUCACGCUUAAAUUCGGUUAGGGUGAGAUACCCCGAUACCCCCAGGUCACCCCAAAUGCGAGAGACUGGUCUGCGCCCUGCCAUGUUGUUGGUGAUUUUCCUUUUUUCUGUUCGGGCCCGCCAGGUAUACGGGGAUUGGGCUCUGCGUUGGAUUCUUUGUGUGAACUUUGGUUACUGAAGGUGGGGGGACGGAAGCUUGGAACAAUGGGAAGGAGGGGGGCGACGCUGGUAACAGGCCCUCGUUAGGAGCGCACAAAACACCUAACUCGAGUUUUUUCUGAUCUUUCCUAGAGCUAUAAUAAUCUGUCCCCU